AUGAAAGUCUCUACAUUGAUCGGCUCUCUGGCGCUGGGCGCUCUGCCUAGUGUAAAUGCGGCCCCAAGCUCAGAAUUCGAACGCGACAGCGCUGCAGUCGUAGCGGAAAUUAUUCGUCGCGCUCUUCCUAACGCUCCUAAUGGAUAUACCCCGACAAAUGUUACCUGCCCGUCCACACGCCCAAGCAUUCGCAGUGCCGCGAAGCUCUCUACGAAUGAGACUUCCUGGCUUGAGGUCCGUCGCAACAAGACAAUCACGCCUAUGAAGGAAUUCUUCAACCAUGUCUCUGUCGGCGACUUCGAUGUCGGUGCAUACAUCGACAAGCACUCUGCCAACGUGUCGAAUCUCCCCAACAUUGCUAUUGCGGCGUCUGGUGGUGGUUAUCGUGCUAUGUUGAACGGUGCCGGUGGUAUCAAGGCGUUUGAUAGCCGCGUGAAGAAUUCCACAGCUUCCGGUCAUCUGGGUGGUCUGCUGCAGUCAGCCACUUACGUUGCUGGUCUGAGUGGUGGUAGUUGGUUGGUUGGUUCGAUUUAUAUCAACAAUUUCACAUCCGUCGCGGACUUGCAGACCUACUCAAGUGGUGACGUUUGGCAACUUGGAAAUAAUAUUUUCGAGGGUCCGGAUACUGGCGGCCUUCAGGUGCUGGACACGGCUGAAUACUACACUGAUUUAGCAGAGGCUUAUGAGGACAAGAAGGAUGCUGGUUUUGCCACUUCGCUCACCGAUGUUUGGGGCCGAGCUCUGGCUUUCCAGAUGUUCAAUGCUACUAAAGGAGGAAUUGAUUACACUUGGUCAUCCAUUGCUAAGACUCAGGACUUCAUCGACGGUGACUACCCAAUGCCAUUGGUUGUUGCCGACAGCCGUACCACAGGCGAAAUCAUUGCUUCUUCGUACUCGACGGUGUUUGAGUUCAACCCUUGGGAGUUUGGUACCUUCGACCCGACUCUUUAUGCUUUUGCUCCUCUCGAGUACCUUGGUUCCCGCUUCGAGAAUGGUUCAGUCGCCAGCAAUGAGACCUGUGUGCGUGGAUACGACAACGCCGGCUUCAUUAUUGGAACAUCUUCCACCCUCUUCAACGAGGCCAUCACUGAACUGGGUAGUAACUCGUCCGGUAUCACCGCGUGGGCAGAGAACAUUCUGUCGGAUCUUUUUGCCGAUUUUGACAGCUCAGACGACGAUAUCGCUUCCUAUGAGCCUAACCCAUUCUACGGCUAUAACGACGACUCUUUGGCCACCACAACGGCACUGGAUAUUGUCGAUGGUGGCGAGGAUGGUCAGAAUGUUCCAUUGCACCCACUCAUUCAGCCCGAGCGCGCAGUCGACAUUAUUUUCGCUAUCGAUUCCUCCGCUGAUACCGAUUACUACUGGCCUAAUGGAACUUCUCUCGUGGCCACCUACGAGCGUAGCCUGAACGUUACCGGCAUUGGAAACGGCACCGCCUUCCCCGCCAUUCCAGACCAGAACACCUUCAUCAACCUUGGUCUGAACACUCGCCCGACGUUCUUCGGCUGCAACAGCACGAACAUCACCGGCACCGCCCCUAUUGUUGUCUACCUCGCCAACGCCCCUUACAGCUCCCAGUCCAACACCUCGACUUACCAGAUGACCUACGAGGACUGGCAGCGUGACAACAUUAUCACCAACGGCUACGAAGUUGUCACCAUGGGUAACGGUACCCUUGACGGUAACUUCACUGCUUGCGUUGGCUGUGCUAUUCUGAGCCGCUCUUUCGAGCGUACUGGUACUACUCUUCCCGAUAUCUGUACCCAGUGCUUCACGGACUACUGCUGGAAUGGUACCACCAACUCUACCACGCCCAACACCUAUGCGCCAGUGGAUAUUCUGGCAUCCUCGGAAGCUGGCUUGUUCACUACCCCUACCGUGUUGACUGCCUUUGCCGCGGUCACCGCGGCUUUCUUCGCAAUGGUAUAG